AUGCUCAGAAGUUCAAAUCGGACUUGCUCAAGUUGACUGAGCCCCAGAAUAAAUUCCUCACAUGUGGAGACCUAAACGCCCGUCAUAAACAGUGGCAUGAUGAUGCGAAUCAUACAAAUGGGAAAUUAGUUUUGAAAACUUUGCGGUCAUCGGAAAGUCGAAGUGAUCAACUUACCGUUUAUAUGCCGAAGCAUCCAACGUUUAAGCGUGGUACGUACGCAUCGUAUGUGGACAUAUGCUUGGCAAACUUUGCUAUGAACGAACCUACUGUUACCCAGAAGUUGAGCUCCGAUCAUUAUCCGGUCGUUUACCAUGUUGGUGCAAACGCGUGUGGAGCUGAUGACCAGAAAAAGGAAAUCCCUCGAGUUGAGCAGACGAGCAGAAACUCUGUGCCACACCUGAGGUCACUUUUGCAAUCGGCAGAGUCCUUGGAGGUGCUAUUGCAGGCAGUUGAGACUGUUGUUCCAUCUUUUAUAGAUGCGAUUGCAAUUGAAGUUCAUAAUAUAUUGCAGAAAAAAACUCUAACCAAAAAUGGCUAUCAGAUGACCCUAUCCAAAAUGAAGUGCAAAAGACAUGAUCCAGAGCAAAGCGAAGCGACUUUUGCUAACCUGCUUACAACAAUGACGCUACCCCAGAAUCAAAAAUUGAUCAUUUCUAGCUUCCUCAACGUGCUACAGCCUUUAUCGGAAAACCAUUCUGGACAACUGCACAGAGAAAAAGACUCCGAUACUGUUCAUGGGAAUUUGAUAGAUACUCUCAAAACAUCGUUAUCGAAGUACCGCGCACUGUUGCCAACUGAAGCCAUAUUCACAUUGCGACAAAUUCUUCACAAAUGUCAUACAUACAAGGUUCCUACACAUCACCUUUUCAUCAACUUGAAAAAUUCUUACGCCACCAUCAAUCGAGAACAGUUGUGGAAAAUGGUGCACCAGAGUUAUCGUUGGCCUGCAGAUGUAAUUGAAUCGCUAAAAACUACAUCUGAUUUCAUGAACCCCAAUUCUCACAUCGGUGUGCAACAUGGGAAUCCACUGUCCCAAUUGCUCUUGGCUAUUGCGCUAGAUGUAGUAAUUCGGAAAGCGAUGAUCGAUAGUAGUGGCACGAUUUUUAUGGACAACUUACAGUUCAUAUGUUACGCUGACGACAUUGACUUGAUUGCCAGAGAUUUUUCUCAUCUAGAACGAGCAUACACGAAACUGAAGCGGGAAGCAAUCAAGGUUGGUUUGAUUCUGGCCUUCAAAGAUUCAAAAUAUAUGUAUGCACAACCUAAGAGUAAAACAAAGCAAAUGACUAAAGUCACACUUGAUCACGAUGAAUUUGAGGUGGAAAAGAAGUGUGAAUUCUUAGAUUCAACAAUAACCUAUGAUAAUGAUCUAAUGAAGGAAAUCGAUCGCCGUAUAACAAUUGGGAAUACUUUCCAGGAACUGCUCGAUUCAACCCUUAAAACUCUUGACAAGGAAAUCAUUUAUAAAACUCAAAUAAGACCGCAAGUGCUGUACGGCCACGAGUCAUGGGUCCUUACCAAAUCGAGCGUUUCUUUGAAGAAACUCAAAGACUUUGAAUGUGAAGUGCUUCGAUCGAUCUACGGAAAACUACGGACAUGUGAUGGAAAAUCCUACGAAGCUAUGUAUUCCGACAUGGUUCAGCGAAUCGCGGAGCUCGACAUUGAACAUACGAUCAAUAUAGGACGGCUACGAUGGGCUGGACAUGUCCUGCGCAUGCCCGAGGACUGCCCUGCACGAAUCGCGCUGGAAAGCAAUCCAAACGUCAAACUUCCUAGAGGACAUCCACCCGCCCAGUGGAUCGAUUGUGUAGAGCAAGAUUUGAGGAAUGUGAAACGGUACACAAACUGGCGGAACGCAGCACAGGAUACUGAACUGUGGAAUCAACUGCUGGACACAGCUAAAUCCAAAUGGAUGCAGCGGAAGGUGAGAAAGUGCAGGUUCCGUAUAAAACAAGAUUCUGAAUCAUCCCCGUGAAAUAGUUAAUUUUAAGUUGUUGUUACAUCUGUUAGAGAAUGGUGUCAGAAUUUUAGUGAUAUCGAAGGUUUUAGCAGGAUAUUUUAAAA